GGGCGUGGUAGAUUGAUUUCUAAAUGAAGCGCUCACUUGUUAUCAAAAUCGUUGCCAUUGGAGGCUCUUUAGCAGGCCUUCACCUUAUUUUUAGCUGCUAUAAGUCAUAUCUGAGCAGAGAGCAGUCCAAUAGGUAUGGCAUUGGACAAAAAAAGAACUGAACCGUCAGGCUAUGACUGUUGCUGCCCAAGUAAAUGUCCACUGACCCUUCCUCACAGUAAACGACCUCGGUCUCCAGUCAGUGACAGCCAAUACGAGCUAUUGCAGUGGUUUCCAUGUUAUUUUGAUGCUACUUGGCUUCUCAAAAAGUUUCCCUUCUUUAAUUGGCUGCUUAGGUAUCGCCUUAGGUGGUUGGUGUCUGAUGUUGUUGCAGGGUUGACUGUUGGUUUGAUGGUUGUACCUCAAGCACUGGCGUAUGCAUCCAUUGCAAACUUGCCUCAUGCUUACGGGCUCUAUUCUGCUUUCAUGGGGUGCUUCAUAUACACGCUUUUUGGAACAAGCAAAGAUGUAACGCUAGGUCCAACAGCAAUUGUCUCCCUCCUCACUGAGUCCUCCACUCGUGGCUGUGGUGGUAUCCAGGCACGGAUUGUCUGUGCUACAGCACUUACUUUUCUGUCUGGGGCUAUCCAAUUUGCAGUGGGCAUCCUCAACCUUGGAUUUCUGGUGGAAUUUAUACCUGUUCCUGUGAUCAGUGGCUUUACUUCAGCAGCUGCCAUCACUAUUGCUUUAGGACAAUUGCAUAGUCUGUUAGGACUAAAAAAUGUUGGAAGAUCCGUGCUAUCUGCAAUACAUGACAACUUUGCUUAUAUAGCUGAAACCAAAAUUUGGGACCUUGUGCUGGGGGUGUGCUGCAUGCUUGUUGUGAUUGGUUUGAAGCUGCUCAAAUCACACAUGGAAAGGAUUGAAAAGAAACAUAAAGAUGAUUUGCGGUGGUACCAAAAAGUUGCAUUCAAAUUUAUUUGGCUUAUCUGCACAGCUCGCAAUGCUGUUGUGGUGUUCUCUGCUGCUCUGAUCGGCUAUAGUCUGACUCUGCAACCGUGGUUCGAAAAGAACAACGUUAUCACUUUAAUAACUGAAGACAAGUCUUCACUGCCAAACUUCACCGCUCCUGACAUAACUUCUCAAACAUGCUCUACGCUGAGCUUCUCAAUUGUUGUGGUACCUCUCAUCAGUUUUCUUGAGAGUAUUGCCAUUGUUAAAGCGUUUGCACGCAAGAAUGGCUACAAAGUGGACUCCAGCCAAGAGCUAGUUGCCCUAGGAUUGUCUAAUUUAGCCAGCUCCUUUGUUGGUUCGUAUCCUGUAACUGGAAGCUUUUCCAGAACGGCAGUCAACGCACAAAGUGGUGUCAAAACUCCGGCUGCAGGGAUAGUCACUGGACUGGUAGUUAUCCUUGCUCUGGCUUUCCUGGGUCCAGCCUUCCACUACAUACCCUCCAGCUCUCUGGCAGCCAUCAUUAUUGUAGCUGUGCUGCCUGUAGUGGAUGUCACUAUAGUCUGGAAGAUUCUGAAGACAAAAUACAUUGAUGUUCUGCCGCUACUGAUUUCCUUUACCCUCACUCUGUUUCUUGGGAUCCAGUAUGGUGUGCUCAUCGCUGUGGCUGUAUAUCUUGUUCUGCUGCUCUAUCGUCACGCCAAGCCCAGGCAUCAGAUGUGGAUAGAGGGCUCGCAUAUUUUCAUGAAGUUCAAUGGGGGGUGGACAUUCCCAGGAGUAGAGCACAUCAUUAGCAGAAUCAAUGCUGAAGUCACUUUGAGCAAAGAUAAUCCAGAAAGACAAAGGACACGAAGUGUGAUCCUUGACUGCACUGCAAUGCCUGAGAUUGAUUUCACCAUCAUACAGGAGCUUAGAGGGACUUGCUCAGACCUUGAGAAAGAGAGAAUCACUGUUUGUGUGGUCAGCCCUCAGGUUCAUGUGGGGCAUAUCCUGAAGAAGGCGUCUAUUUCCAACCUUAGGCUGUAUGACUCAAUGGAGCUAGCUAUGAAGGAGAAUGCUGAGAGUGACAUUGAUGAUAUGGAGGCUCGGCCAUUACUAGGUAUUGUUGUGCAAUAUGGUGAGCGUUCAUCUCUCAACUCUUAAGAAACAAAAAAUUAAAGGGAACAUCUCAAGUGCACAAGUAUUAGUACUGUACUACUCUCUCAGUUUAUGUGACUAAUAGUUUAUGUGACUAAUAUUUAUGGUAGAAGUUUUUUAAUCUUUUUAUAAUUAUUUAUUUUUAAUAAUUUUAAAGUAAUUAUCA